AUGAAAUUCCUCCCUUUCUUCGUCCUCACCUGGGUAAUCCUCAACGUCACCUCCACAAUCUGGCCCUUCGAGCUUGCCCCCAGUUUCUAUCGCUGGGCCUACGCACUUCCCGCCCAUGAAGUCUGGCAAGUGUUGAUCCAGAUCUGGUCGGGUGGUGCGGUGGACCGUCUCUAUCAAGCCCUGCCCAUCCUCUUUACCUGGGAAAUCGUAUUUUUGCCUUUGUGCGUUGUGGCAUUGAAUCAUCGUUGUGCGGUUGCAGAAAGAGAGCACAAGGCGAUCGAGGAAGAAAGAAGACAGCUUAUCUUGAAGGCAGAGAAGGGGAAGGUUGAUGAGAUGCCAGAGCGAUCAGGGUCGGAGGGGGCGCCUUCACCGGUGGAUGAGAAGGUGCAUAGGUUUGAAGCGGAUGUGCAGAGAGAUGCUUACUCGCCUUCCGUCCCUCCUCCGGUGUGA